AUGUUUCCAAAAGGCUCAAAGCUAAGGCACAAAGGCUCCUCUUCGAAGCAUUGGAGUUCAUUUCAAGGUAAUCAAGACCGCAAGCUAAGCCAGCUUGAGGCCAGCCGUUAUCACCAGAGCAAAAAGUUUUACAAGAUGCAUCACGAAGCAAUGACUUUUGAUAAGAGCGAAGAACUGCUCAGACUGCAUCAGAUCAAAGCUGCAUUACAAGAGGAAAAGCUCUCGAAUUCGAGCAACAAAGUUAAGUCCUGGAGAUCAUCCUCUUCUUCUUCGUCCUCUUCGGAUGACCCAUCGUCUUUGUCGUCCUCUUCAUCGUUCGAUUGCCAUGGGCAAGAAGAAGUCCAACAAGAUGUUGAAGAAGAUGCCACAGCGAAUGUGGCACAUCAAGAAGCUGUAGCUUCGCGAAUGGAAAAGGAAACACCAAAUUUUAAAAGACACUAA